AUGGAUUAUCAGUAUAAGGCAAGAAUCUUGAUACAGACAUUGCAGCAUCACAGAAGAGAGAUUAGGUGUUUUAAAGAGAAGACAUAUCCUUUGGGCAGUAAGGCUCAUCAAAAGAGGAAAAAGAAGCAGAGCAACCAACCAUCUGCAUCAGGUCCAACUGCAUCAAAAGAAAAAGAUGUCUUCAGUAUGGAUAACCCUUCCCCUCCUUCCCCUCCUUCCCCUCCUGACACUCCCAAAUUGUUGCCAGUGUUUGUCUUCCCAAUCGAUGAGAAUGACCCACAUCUCCAGUCCAUGGUCUCUGUGAACAAUGCCUCUCACUGCAAUAGCCCAGAGUUUGUGCACUAUGGACCUAGGCAAGAGAGGCAAGUCACAUGCCUACAGCUGAACUUGGGUAACUUCAAGGGCUCUGUUUUCCACCAUGAUGACCUCCUAAAGAACCUCCACCCUAGCCAACUUGAAGCAAUCUCCAAGAACCUCCCAGGGAGUGUGCUAGCUUACCAAAGCCUUCUGGAGAACAUCACUGAGGACAAACUUGCUCCCCCAUACAUUGUCAUCAUCAAGCUGACCAGAGAGAUAUGGGAUGUUCUCUGCCAAAGAAUCCUUGCCCUCCACAUCGUUCUGGCCAACUGUGAGAUGCUAUUUUGGGCAGUGUGGCUCUUCAAGGCUAAUGAGCCCAUCAUCACCAGGAGCACAGAGAAGAUAGCAAAGAUCAGGAACUGUUUACACUUCAUCAUCUUGCAGGAUAUGUAG